AUUUAGUUUCCAGGGUGGAACAAGGGCCGAAUUGUCUGUCAGCAGUCUCAGCUCAAGUGAAUCCUGUCCUGCUCUGGUUCAUCGUCUGAUGGUUCACCGAAGGAUUAUAUAAUUGCUUUAAUUAACUCUCUGCUUUCUUCAAUGGGAACACAACCAUCUGUAAGUAACAUUCAGUACAGCCAACAUGGCGAUGUAAAUUCUGAAACAAAAAUGAGGCCAAAUACAGAGCUCAUUGCCAGCACAGAAAUUGAAGAUCAACUUUCUCCCUUUGCGGAGACAAGAUAUAAGCUCGGAAAAUACAAGGAAACAGCUGAUGCAUAUUCUAGUGGUGGCAAAUGUGGGAUGGCCACCGCUGCAAACUGCUUUAUUAUGAAGUAAUACAUUUGAGUUUCUGAAUUCAUCGAUCAGCAGAGCAGGCGGUUCAAUCUUUGGGUAGAAUAGAAGUGAGAAUGAAGAUUAUAGGCUCUGGGAGCAGAUAAGAGAAGAUGCAUACAAGGAAGCUGACAGAUUGUUUAAAGUGAUAUGGAGAGACAUGCAGUGCUUUCAGACCCUACCAAGUGCACAUGAUAUGAUCUUGUAGAAGUAAUAUGGAAUGCAAAGAAAAAACACACUGGAACCUCAUCUAGAGUACCUACAGAUGCUCACAGUUUUUCAAUUGAUAGGACUGAGACUAGACAUCCAUGGAGGUAUGGAGAUCAUAUGGCCACUCAUCCACCAAAGGAUCAGAAACCAGCUGAUCAGGCAGAUAUUUUUUCGAGAAUAAAGAUGGUUGUGUGCA